GCCAAGUUUACCAAGAAGAGAAACACCGGACGGUUGUCUUAACAUCAGGUAAACGAAAACAAUGGAUCUGAAACCUAUAUUGAAGAAGCUGGGCUCAGUUGUCCGCGCAAUCUGUACUUUUGGGUUUGCUGCGCUGGUUAUGUGCUUGUUGGUGUGGGCCUAUGUAGACGGUUUUCAGCUGGCAACAUCCAAAUAUGGAAUCAUCUCCUUUGGCUUUUAUGGACUACUCCUCUCACUUCACGUGUUGGUCCAGAGCCUCUUCGCUUUCAUUGAACACCGGCGAAUGAAAGCACGCACUGAGCCCUGCAUCUUCACCAAAACAAUUGGCUUCACAAUAUCAUCCUUUCAGGAGGACCCCACCUAUCUCAAGGAGUGCCUAAACUCCAUCAAGGCCCUCAGCUAUCCUCUGGAGCUGCUGCGCAUCAUCAUGGUGAUCGACGGGAACUCAGAUGAUGACCGGUACAUGAUGGAAAUGUUCAGAGAGGUGUUUAAAGACCGGGACCCUGGCUGUUAUGUGUGGAAAAACAACUACCAUACAUGGAAUCCCAUCCAGGCCCAGCAGAAUGUGGAAACGGCGACAGAAAUGGGCCCAGGAACGGAUGCUGAAAUAGGCUCAGGAGGAGUUUCUGAAAUGGGACCAGGAGGGGAUGCUGAGACAGACACAGGAGUAAAUGCUGAUCAAACUUUUGUUGAGGACCCAGAGCGAAAAGACGUAGAGUACCUGAUCCGGAACAAGCAGUGCGUGUGCAUCAUGCAGAAGUGGGGCGGCAAGCGAGAGGUGAUGUACACAGCGUUCAAAGCACUUGGGUCAUCAGUGGACUAUAUACAGGUGUGUGACUCAGACACCAAGCUGGACCCUCUGGCCACCAUAGAGCUGUGUAAAGUGUUGCAAAGUAACGACAAGUACGGUGCUGUGGGAGGGGAUGUGAUGAUCCUCAACCUGAAAGACUCCUACAUCAGCUUCAUGAGCAGUCUUAGAUACUGGAUGGCUUUCAACAUCGAAAGGUCCUGCCAGUCCUUCUUCGACUGUGUGUCCUGCAUUAGUGGUCCUUUGGGUCUGUAUAGGAACGAUCUCCUCCAGCAGUUUCUGGAAUCCUGGUACAAUCAGAUGUUUUUGGGAAGUCACUGCACAUUUGGUGACGAUAGACAUCUUACCAACCGAAUGCUGAGCAUGGGCUAUGCUACAAAAUACACAGCCCGCUCCAAAUGUUACACGGAGACACCUGCUCAGUUUCUGCGCUGGCUGAACCAGCAGACUCGCUGGACAAAAUCAUACUUCCGCGAGUGGCUUUUCAAUGCAAUGUGGUGGCACAAGCACCACCUCUGGAUGACUUACGAGUCCAUUGUCUCGGGUAUUUUCCCCUUCUUUGUUACAGCCACAAUCAUCCAGCUGUUUUGGACAGGCACGGUGUGGGAUAUCGUCUGGAUCCUAUGCUGCAUCCAGCUGAUUGGGCUGGUGAAAGCGUCUUAUGCCUGCAUCCUGCGCAGAGACAUGGUGAUGGUGUUCAUGUCACUUUACUCGGCCUUGUACAUGACCAGCCUGCUGCCUGCCAAGUACUUUGCCAUUCUCACCAUGAACAAAAGCAGCUGGGGGACAUCUGGCAGGCGUAAGAUUGUAGGGAACUACAUUCCUCUUCUCCCUCUGUUGGUGUGGAUGGCCAUUUUAUUAAGUGGGCUGGGUUACUCAAUUUACAGGGAGAGUCAACUGGACUGGUCAGAGGCAGCCAAAGUAGAGGAGCUCACCUUUAUUAUUUUUAGUUGCGUGGCCUACACCAUAUACUGGCUGCUUAUGAUCCUCCUUUACUGGGUGUGGUUUCGCAGGUUAUGUAGAAGACGGAGAGGAAGUUAUAAUCUAAAUGUGUAGUGUCCACUGAAGGACAACAAAUAGAAAAAGUUUUUAUUUAUUUAUUUAGUCUCGAACUUCAGUAACUGAUGGACAGGGCUUUUUCCUACCGGUUCUAAACCAAUACACUUCAAAGUGUUAAUAUUGAAGAAAUUAAUAAUAUCUUCACUACAUAAGGUAAUAUGGAGAUGUUGUUGCACAUUUAAAUGAAACUGUACUGAGGGCUUUUGCGCCCAUGCACAUCUCAGGUUUCUCUGUGUCAGUUUAUGACCAAAAGAAAGCAUUUAUAGUUAUUCAAGAUAUUAUGUUUAGGCUAUAUAUCUGCAUAAUGUAUGUAAGCGUACUUCAACAACAAUCAUUUCAUCACUGUCAUUGUAACUGGCACUGAAUCCUGGAGGACACUUUUUGAGUUGCAGACUUACUUAAAGCAUUUCAGAAAAUGGCUAAUAUAUUGUAUGCAAUUCUGUGUGAAAUGCACCUUGUUUGUUUUAACAAUGCACACACACACACGCACACGCACACGCACACACACACACACACA